AUGGCAUCUAAACAGUACGGUAUUGUGAUUGAUGCGGGCUCAUCGGGAUCGCGUGUACAUGUGUAUGAAUGGGAUGAUCCAAACGUUCUUCGAGAAAGUGAGAAUAGUACUCCUGCCUUAUUAAGAUCGGUUCCUGAAAUAAGGCAAGAUCCAUCAUGGACAAAGAAAAUAUCUCCGGGUCUCUCCAGUUUUGAACACAAACCAGGCAAAGCCUUUAAAAAACACAUCAAAUCAUUACUAGAGUUUGCUGAGGAUAUAAUACCAGAGAAUAAAAGGAAAGAAACUCCUGUUUUUAUUCAAGGAACUGCAGGAUUAAGAUUGAUUCCGGAAGAUAAAAGAACAAAAAUUUUACAUGAGAUAUGUAAUGGUAUAACGAAACAUACAGACUUCUUGCUAGAAGAUUGCGAUUACCAAGUUCAAGUCAUUGAUGGCGAGACAGAAGGAUUAUAUGGCUGGCUAAGCUUAAAUUAUUUGCUUGGUAAGUUUAAUGAAUACGAAGUAAAUGCGAACUCACAUUUCACAUUUGGGUUCAUGGAUAUGGGAGGAGCGUCGACGCAAAUAGCAUUUGUACCGAGCAGUGCUGACGAUAUUGCGAAACACAAGGAAGAUAUAGCAACAGUUUACCUGAAGAAUGUUAAUGGUGAUGUUCAAGAAUGGAAUGUUUUUGUUAGCACAUGGCUAGGAUUUGGUGCUAACCAGGCUAGAAAUAGAUAUUUUGCACAGCUAGUUAAUGCACUUCCAGAAAAUACAAACAAAUACGAUGACGAUGAUUUUACAACAAGAAAAUUGACUGAUCCUUGUACUCCAAAAGGCGCCAAAAUCAAAUUUGAGUUCAAAGAUAAAGAGUUCCAAAUUUUAGGAUCAGGAAACUACGAGCAGUGUUCAAAAUCCAUUUACCCUCUUUUAUUAAAGAAUAUACCUUGUUCAGACGAACCAUGCCUAUUUAACGGUAUUCAUGCUCCACAUAUUGACUUUAAGAAGGACAGAUUUAUUGGUACAUCUGAAUACUGGUAUACUGCUAACGAUGUUUUCAAGCUAGGCGGAGAGUAUAAUUUUCAGGAAUUCAACGAACAAGUAAUAAAAUUCUGUAAUAGUGAUUGGCAAACACUAAAGAAUAAAUCAGAUAAUGGUGCUUUCAACGGGAUGCCACAGAAUUUACUUAAAGACGCUUGCUUUAAGGCUAAUUGGGUACUAAAUAUAUUACACGAAGGUUUUGAAUUGCCGCGGCUUGGUUUUGAGAAGGAACUAUCACAGGAAAUUGAAGAAGAGACUCCAAUAUUUCAAAGUCUUGAAAGAAUAAAUGAAAGAGAACUUUCAUGGACAUUAGGAAGAAUCCUUCUCUAUGCAACUUCCACUAUUACUGCGGGAAGUAAGAGUAUAACGGCAGGUGUGUUACCAAGUUCCCUGGAAAUGGAAAAACUUGGUAAGACAUUUUCUCCAGGUGGUUUAAUUGGAAACUCAUCCUUCUACCAUAGUAAGAGUUCGCACUUCCUGAGAAGCAUUUUCCUAUUUUUGAUGGUUAUUGUUUUGCUAUAUGCCUUUGUCUUCAAAAAUAAACUGCGAAGGUUGAUUAAUUCCAGUAAAAUACUUGAAUACAAUAGUGAAUUUAUAUCAAGUGUAAAGUCACUUUUUAGAGGUGCGCCGGCAUUUGAGGAUAAGUUAUCGCAAUUAGAAGAAGGGCUUCCAAACGGUAGAGCAUUCAGAGAACAAUUUGAGAUGAAUCCCUCACCAAGUUAUUCUAGAACCGGCUCCUCAUCAAGGCGUUUAGAGAGGGAAAUAUAUAAGACAGGAAAGUCACCAAGUAGUUCUCAUUUAUCGUCGCCAAGUGUGCCAGGCACGGCAACCAGAACAGCGUUUUCUAUUUCGGACUUUGGCAAAUUCAAAGAUGAAAGGUUUACAGAGUAA